AUAUUCCGGAUCCCGACUCCUAGUCGCGAUCUGCAGCUCAAAGUACGUUAAUCCUUUGGCAUUGUUUCACUAGUGAGCUCAUCAAGAGUAAAUAAACCAUAAAUUCAACAAUGGCCGGUGUAUAUCGACAACCAAUUAGCACUCUUACGCCGGGUGCACAGAAUACUUUGAUAAUUGGAGUUAUAAUCAACAGCAAAAAUCCCCGAUCAUUCAAUUUCGAAGAUAAAAAUCGUUCUGGCCAGAGAUCAGUUUGGACAAUUACGUUACGUGAUUCAAUUCAAAGUACAAUUAAUGCUACUAUUUGGGGAAGUACGGAAUUCGUAAACAAACUCAGCGCAACGUAUCGUAUUGGCAGUGUCAUUGACGUAAUCAAUGCAAAGGUCCAAGAGCGGAAGCCAAAUGAUAAGAAUGAAGCAUUUCUACCUUCUGUAUCCAGUUCUUGUUGCCUUGUUAUCAAUGAAAGUGCAUCCUUGAUCCAAAAUCACGACGGCGCUGAUCGAGAAGAGUAUGAAGGCCUACUCAGUGUCCCUACAAAAAGUCUCUCGAAUGUCAAAAGUCUUCAAUACAUAAUGGAAAACAUGGAGGCAUUGAUCAAUCAAUAUCUUGAUAUCAUUGUCGUCGUUACUUUUAUCGGAGAGUCAAAAAAUAUUAUUACAAAAGACGGUCGUUCAAUGGUAACUCGUGACUUUGAAGUGACUGAUGAAUCAUGUGGUAAUACUACAGUGGCUCUUAAAUUUUGGGAAAAUGAUUGGGUUCAAAGAUCGGGUGAUUGGGAGCCAAAACGUACUGUUUUAUUUAUCGUCGACAUUCAAGUAGCCUUUGACAGGUUCAAGAAGAAAAAUACAAUUAUUAUCACUAGAAAAACUAUGAUUACGGAGAACCCAAACAUACCUCAAGCUGAGGUUGCUAGAAAAAGUAUCAACACGGAAUCGGAGUACAUGCCAAAUGAUCCUUUUGUUAUUCCGAAACCUGAAACAAUUAAAAAUAUUAUGACGAUAAAUGAAAUAACUCAGAGACUUAAUUCAAAAAUGAUGCAAGAUGGCGAAAGAGUUCAAUUUGUAACAGUUUUGUAUGGACAGAUAAUGGAAAUGAAUUUGGAUGAUUUAAAAAUCCCUAUUUUGAUUGAACGAUGCGCUUUGUGCAAACGUUUGGUAAGUGGACCUGACGAGUCGUGUAUGAAUUUGAACUGUCCUUGUGGAAAUGGUAGACGUCCAGUCCAAAAUAUACUUAAUUUCUACGUAAAAGUUAAUUUGAAAGAUGAAACUGGUUACUUAGUCGGUUGUCGUUUGAGUGGAGACGUCGCGGAAAAAACAUUUGACUGUACUCCCGAAGAAUUUAAAAAAAUGAGCUUUGAAGAACGCACUAAUCUGAAGUGGAAAUUCAUGACAGAGCAAGUUGAAAUCAAGCUUCAAGUCAUUGGACCAACAUCAACGUUUCCCAGGUCGCUUUACAAUAUUUUAUCUCUUAAACGCAUUAGUGACUCCAUAAGUUCUCAAGAAAAUUUUAACGACAAUAAUAAUGACGACUAAUGACAACUUUCAACGAUACUUUAUAAAUUUUUCUUUAAUUAUUGUUUUUUUUUUUUUUUUUUUUGUUUAUUAUAUUAUUUUUGUUAUAAUUUAGUUAUAAAUUUUUUAUUUAUCGUUUAUUACAUAUCAAUGAAUUUAUGUAUUAUAAUAAUGCAGAUCUGCAUUUAAAAAAACGUGCGUACGCACCUUAACACAAUAUCAGCUGAUCAGCUGACAUAAGUACACUUGUAUAAACAUUCUACUCCAAAAUAAAGUGACUGUUAAUAAUUUA